AUGAACAAAUUUGCAGAGGAUUUCCAAUUACUCUGUCAACCAGUGUUCCUAACCGAUUCGAAUAAGCCUUAUCCUGGAAUGAUUCGAAUGACGCGAAUGGAUCGAAUGGAUCAAUUUAAGAUUAUCAUUUCCUAUUGUGCCAAUGGUUCGAAUGAAUCGAAUAGUAUUCGAAUUUUGAUAUCUAUUCGAAUGGUUCGAAUAGGAGCACUGCUGUCAACAGAUCCGUUGCAUUCGUUUGUCAUAUUCAAAAGGAUAGAAUGGAGUUUCAUUCCAGAAGGUGAUUUGAAGGAGUUCCAGGAUCUUCUCGAGCAAUCUGAGGGAAAGCGUGGUACAUAUUCUUUAAAAACAUGGGAAGCAAAUGUAAUUUUGCGAUUCAAAGUCUAUGAAGCACAUAACAAUGCGCUUCCAAUGAAUGAGUCUGAAUCGUGGUAUGUGAAGAACAUUUGGAACAUCUUGCUAGACUUGACUCAUAGUACAUUUGUGAAGAAAGGCAGAUUCUAUAUUUCUUUCGAAUCGACAUCCAUUCAAAUUGGCGUUGUGAAGAUAGGUAGGUUGGACAAAGGAGAAAACUCUACCAAGUCCUUAAAAGAUGGCAGGAAGAUAUGUAAAUUCCUGAAAGGCAUGUCUGAUCUGAUUUGUAGCAGGCACCGCGACGCUCGAAGUGUAAGAGAUGGGUUAGUAUUGCACGGCAUUAUAUUGUCAGGCCUGAGCAUUACUUUUUUACUAUUUGUAUAUGUUGGGGGACAGUUUCAUAGAUUAUUUACUCAUGAAGAGAAAGCUCUGACAGAGUCAUGGAGCUAUUCCAAUACUAUGAGUAUCAUCAGGGCAUUCGUUCUUCUUGGAAAGCGACUGAAGGACACAGAAAAAUAUAUUUAUGAAAGCACUUCUACCACUGAAAAUAACAUUGAGGCUGAGUUACACGGCGCCUCAGUACCUGUAUCGAAGGGAUCAAGUAUAUCUACCGAGUUUCCUCCAACAAUAACAACACCUUAUAACAGUCCACCAUCCUCUCUAUUGUUAAAAAGAUCUCGCGCUAGUAAUCAGGCAUUUACGGAGCAGUCAUAA